AUGAAGGACCAAAUUGAGAAAAAGUAUUCCAACCACCUCGACCAAAGCCCAUCACGCGUCGGCGAGGUCGAAGAUGACCCAGCAUGUGCCCACGAUGCCGUAUUCGGCGAAAUUUCAGAGGACGGGCCCAACUACCGAAAUGUUGGCUGGCUUGGGACAGUCGCCCUAAUGGUAAAGACACAAAUCGGGCUGGGCGUGCUUUCUAUCCCCUCGGCCUUCCACGUUCUCGGCAUGAUUCCGGGAGUCAUUUGCUUGAUUCUCAUUGCCAUCAUCACCACCUGGUCCAACUACAUUGUCGGAGUCUUCAAGCUUCGCCACCGGGCGGUAUACGGCAUUGAUGACGCUGGUGGGUUGAUGUUCGGUCGCAUUGGCAAAGAGUUCUUCGCCGCGGCGUUCUGUCUCUACUGGAUUUUCGUUGCCGGUUCAGGCAUGCUGGGUAUCUCCAUCGGGCUCAAUGCCGUAUCCAGCCACGCGACUUGUACGGCUGUAUUUGUUGCUGUUGCUGCAAUAAUUGGAUUCAGCUUGGCUAGCAUCCAGACACUUGCCAAACUCACCUGGCUGGCGUGGGUUGGCGCCACAUGUAUUAUCAUCUCCGUCCUCUCGGUGACCGUAGCCGUAGGCGUCCAGGACCGUCCGGCUGCUGCUCCGCAAGAGGGCGUCUUCGUCUCCGACUACAAACUCGUCCAGAAUCCUAGCUUUACCUCGGCCGCCUCCGCCCUGUCCUCACUGAUCUUCGCUUAUGCCGGCACGCCUGCGUUCUUCUCCAUUGUGGCCGAGAUGCGCGAGCCCCGCCACUACACCCGAGCCCUCAUCAUCUGCCAGUCCCUGAUGACGGCCAUCUACAUCUCCAUCGGCAUCGUCGUCUACUACUUCUGUGGUUCCUACGUUUCUUCGCCUGCUCUCGGGUCCGCUGGCCCGCUGAUGAAGAAGGUCGCGUACGGCUUUGCCCUGCCCGCCUUGAUUGUCACAACGUGUCUUGUCACCCAUCUGCCUGCCAAAUACCUCUUCAUCCGCAUCCUCCGUGGCUCCAAACACCUGACCAAGAAUACGGCCAAGCACUGGAUCACCUGGCUCGGCUGCACGGGCGGCAUCACGCUGGCGGCCUACAUCAUCGCGAGUGCCAUCCCGGGCUUUGGUGGUCUCAUCUCCCUCAUCGGCGCCCUACUGGGCACUCUCAUGUGCUUCCAACCCAUGGGAUGCAUGUGGCUGUACGAUAACUGGCACAGGGGCAAGAACGGGGACCGGUCGGUUACAUGGAUGCUCAUGGUACUCUGGAGUGUCUUCGUCAUCGUCAUCGGUACCUUUUUGAUGAUUGCUGGUACCUAUGGAUCCAUCGUCGGCAUCAUUGACUCGUAUCGGCAGUCAGGUGGCUCGGCGGCGUGGUCCUGCGCCGACAACUCCGUCACCCCCUCUUCUGGCGGCCAUUAG